AUGAAGUAUGGAGUACGUAACAGAGAAUCAUCAGACAGACAGGCUUUCAAAGAUGGGCAUUGCAUCCGAGUUGUGGCAGACAUUGCUGUAGACAUCAGGCGCUCCUGUCUCAACUCUAUCCUUCUGUCGAAUUCCCGCCCAAUAACCGACUCAUUGUCCUUUGCAACCAUGCGUGGUCUAUUGUUACUCUCGUGA